AUGGCCGCCGCGGACCCCAUGCCUCCGGCCGCGGCGAAGAUCCUGCUGGCGAAGCCCGCGGUGCCGGCGCCCCUGGACCCGGGCUUCUCCCCGCUGGUCCUCGCCAAGAAGCAGUACCUCAAGGCGGUGGCCGGUAGCACGGAGAGUGUGGAGUGGGCGCUGCCUCGGGCGGACGGCUGCGCCCACUACAAGCUCCCCGUCUUCCCCGAGGAUUCCCCGGACGUGGAGGCCUCCGUCUACCUGGCCGGGGUGCUGAUCCAGGAGAUGAUCUGGCAGCGCAGCGCCAAGAGUCUGCUCUUGUCCGGCCCCGCCAAGAUCUGCGAGGCCCUCGCCAAGGAGUACUCCCCAAGCGGGAUGUACGCCUUUGAGGUCAGCUCCAUGCCCAACGUCUGCGGCACCCCGGAGGAGCCCUUCGUGGUGAAGGUGGUGCCCGCGAGCGAGCUGCCGCCGGCCAAGGACAUGCCCCAGGUCUGCGGGAAGAAGGCGGACGGCUGCAGGCUUGCCUUCGACCUGGGCAAGAGCGACAUCAAGACCGUGGCGGUGAAGGAUGGCGAGGUGGUCUACUCCAAGGAGACGGAGUGGGACGUCACCAACCCGGACCCGGACUACCACUUCAAGGCGGUCACCGACGCUUUGAAGCUGGCCAAGGAGACGCUGCCGAAGGUGGAUGCCAUCGGCGGCAGCGCCACGGGGACCGUGGGCGCCCAGAACGAGGCCACCUGGUGCGACAUCUUCCCCAACGUGCCGCCCCCCGUGUACAAGGCCAAGGUGGUGGACAUCUUCCAGCGCAUGGCCAAGGAGGUGGCCGGGGAUGUGCCGCUCAAGGUGAUCAACGAUGGGGAGGUCACAGCCCUGGCCGCGGUGCAGAAGUUGGAAGGCAAGGGCAACAUCAUGGGCAUCUCCAUGGGCUCCUCCGAGGGUGCCGGCUACGCCAACGCGGAGGGGAACUUGAUGGGCUGGAUCAAUGAGCUGUGCUACGUCAAGCUGGACCUCAACCCGGAGGCGCCCACGGACCCCUGGACCAAGGGCUCCCACCGGGGCAUGUCCCACAUGUACCUGGGCCAGCGCGGAGCCACCAAGCUGGCGGCCAAGGCCGGCGUGAAGGUGCCGGAGAACUUCGUCUACCCUCACCCGGACAUGUGCACCAUCAAGCACGAGUGCCAUGCCCAGUGCUUGAAGAUGAUCCAGAAGGCCAUGGAGGACCCGGCGCUGCGGCCCUCGGUGGAGCAGCUCUAUGUGACGAUGGGGGUCUAUCUGGGCUACGCGCUGGCCCAAUACUGCGAGUUCUAUGCCAUCGACCACGUGAUGAUUUUGGGGCGUGUGAGCAAGGGUGAUGGGGGCGACAUCAUGCUCAACACCGCCAAGAAAGUGCUGGAGACGGAGUUCCCGGAGUGCGCCAAGAUGCAGUUCCACACGGCGGAUGACCACUUCAAGGCGGUGGGGCAGUGCAUCGCGGCGGCGGCCCUGCCGUCCAUCGCGUGA